AUGGUGAAGUCUUCGAAGAAAGAAAAAAAUGAAACGGCCACCCCUCCAGAAUCCGAUACAUUCAACAUCAAUCUAUUCGUUACAAUGCUAGAAUCUUCGUGUCGAAUUCAAGUGUCAACGGCUCUCUACUUCUUUCGAAAAGCGUUUGCAAGCAUCCAUGAUGGCUCGGAUAUUUUGAUCAGAGAUCAGUUUUAUGUCAGAAUUAAAAACGGAGUUUUGAAUGCACUUCGUAGUGAGAUUCUGGAUGUCGACGGAGAGAUUAAUGCAGUUUGGAUCAUUACAAAUAUGUGCUGUAUCAGUAAAGAAGUGACUCAUCUCUUCGUGAAUUCGAAUGUUCUCGAGGUUCUAACUCAACUUAUUCGCUCUUCAAACCCUCGUCUUUCCAAUCAAUCCAUCUGGGCGAUUGCAAACAUUUCAGCUGAUUGUGUCAGUUGUAAAACGAUGUGUCGUAGACCUAAACUUUUGAAAAUACUCUCAAAAAUGUUACAAAAUUCGCAUCAACUCGAAGAUACCGAACGUCGUCAACUCAUUUGGUGUAUCAAUAAUAUUCUAACCGGAGGUAGAGCUACAAUGCUCGCUCCAGUUGCUCGAUCUUUCAUUCGAACAUUUUCGAAUUUGAUUCUUGAUACUGAAGUGAUUGAAAGGAUGAAUUGUGCUCCAAUGGUUCUGUGGACUUUGGCGAAUUUAGUGGAUAUCACUCAUGAUACGACGAGGAUCGAUAUGCUCCAAUCCCAAACAAAUCUUGUCGAACACGUUAUUCUGCUAUUCCUUGAUGAAAACGAGAAGCAAUCUCACGCGGCGGCUCUCCGUCUACUCGGGAAUAUUGCUGUUGGAAGUGACACUCAGACAGAUCAUUUGCUCACUAAGAUUAAUUUUAGAUAUGUUUUGCAUCGCGCAAUGUCAAUUCCAGAGCAUCACUGUGAAGUCGCCUGGAUUUACUCGAAUAUUGUGGCCGGUGCGGUAAGACACGUAGAUUUCGUUCUGGAAGAUUCUGAUCGAUUCUAUGGAUGGCUGUUGUCUGGAAUCAAUUCUGACAUACCUCGAUUCAGAAAGGAGUCUCUCUGGAUUGUUGGAAAUCUUCUGGCAACAGCAGAUGAAUAUCAACGUUCUCAACUCGUUGAGUUCGGAAUUAUUAACCAUCUUCCGGAUCUUUUGAAGUACGACGAUGGUCGAUUGAAUGAAAAAGGCGCCGUCACGGCAACGGAAUUGCUCAGAGAGCAUCCGUGGCAAUAUCGAUUGUACAAAGAUCUUGAUAUACUUGGAUGUAUUGAUGCAUUGGGGCCACAGUAUUCCACUCAAAAAGCUGAGCUUCAAAUGUUGUUGAAUGAGCUGGAACCUCCGAAACGAAUGGAGAAACAUCCCGAGUGUCGAGUGGUGUGCUAUAGUAAACUUCCAAAUGAUUCGUCUAUUUGA